AUGUCUGUUCUCCCUCCCGAGGUGCACACGGCUCUUGCCACGCUGCUACAAGGCCUCCAGUCGCCGGAUAAUGUGCAGCGCGCGACGGCAGAGCAGCAGCUCAACGAGGAAUGGGUCAACCAGAGGCCCGACGUGCUCUUGAUGGGCUUGUCGGAGCAGAUUGAACUGGCCCAGGACACUUCAACGCGAACCUUUGCCGCUGUCAUCUUCAGGCGACAGUCGUCGAAACCACGCAAGGCCGCCUCAGGCCAGACAGCCGACCUGUUCCUGACGCUCAACCCCGCCGAGCGAGAAGCCAUACGCGCAAAGCUCCUCCAAUGCCUCGCCAACGAGGCCGACACGUCGGUACGCACAAAGGUCGGAGAUGCCGUGGCCGAGCUCGCGCGCCAGCACACAGACGAAGGCGUUGCAUGGCCAGAACUCCUUGGAGCCCUCUUCCAGGCCAGCCAGUCGCAGGACGCCCCACAGCGUGAGAAUGCUUUCAGAAUAUUCUCCACGACGCCGCAAAUCAUCGAGAAGCAGCAUGAAGACGUUGUCAUGACGGCCUUCAAGGGCGGCUUUGGCGACAGCGAGUCUUCGGUCCGAAUUGCGGCCGUCGAGGCCUUUGCCUCUUUCUUCCGCUCUAUUACCAAGAAGGCCCAGUCCAAGUACUACUCGCUCAUCGGCGAGAUCCUCAACAUUCUGCCACCCAUCAAAGACUCUGGCGAUGCUGAUCUCCUCACCAAGGCUCUCAUCUCGCUCAUUGAUCUUGCCGAGGUCGCUCCUAAGAUGUUCAAGCCUCUCUUCAACAGCCUCGUUCAAUUCAGCAUCUCCGUCAUCCAGGACAAGGACCUUGGAGAGACUGCUCGCCAGAACGCGCUGGAGCUCAUGGCCACCUUUGCAGACAAUGCUCCCGUCAUGUGCAAGAAAGACGCCAACUUUACCAACGACAUGGUCACGCAAUGUCUAUCUCUGAUGACAGAUGUCGGUGCAGAUGACGAUGAUGCCGAGGAGUGGAACGUGUCCGAAGACCAGCUGGACGAAGAAAGUGACUCGAAUCACGUUGCUGGUGAGCAGUGCAUGGAUCGCUUAGCCAACAAGCUGGGUGGACAAGCCAUCUUGCCCCCAACUUUCAACUGGCUGCCUCGCAUGAUGACAUCUUCAGCUUGGCGCGACAGGCACGCCGCCCUCAUGGCUAUUUCCGCCAUAUCUGAAGGCUGCCGCGAACUAAUGGUCGGCGAGCUUGACAAGGUCUUGGAUCUUGUACUGCCCGCUCUUCGAGACCCUCACCCACGUGUUCGAUGGGCUGCCUGCAAUGCCGUCGGCCAAAUGUCAACCGACUUCGCUGGAACCAUGCAAGAGAAAUACCAUCAAGUAGUCUUGCCCAACAUCAUCCCUGUGUUGGAGUCUUCAGAACCCCGCGUGCAAGCACAUGCUGCUGCAGCCCUGGUCAACUUCUGCGAGGAGGCCGAAAAGAACAUUCUCGAGCCAUAUCUAGAUCAGCUACUCAACCAUCUGCUUAUGCUUUUGCAGAGCCCCAAGCGUUUUGUCCAGGAACAGGCUCUGUCUACCAUUGCCACUGUUGCUGAUUCAGCCGAGGCCGCCUUCUCCAAGUACUACGACACCCUUAUGCCGCUCCUGUUCAAUGUACUGCAAGAGGAACAAUCCAAGGAGUACCGGCUGCUUCGAGCCAAGGCUAUGGAGUGCGCCACACUCAUCGCUCUCGCUGUCGGCAAAGAUCGCAUGGGCCAAGACGCACUUAGCCUUGUCCAGCUGCUCGGGCGGAUCCAAAACAGCGUUUCGGAGCCCGACGAUCCUCAAGCCUCUUACCUCCUCCACUGCUGGGGUCGCAUGUGCCGCGUACUGGGUCGCGAAUUCGUGCCCUUCCUCGCUGGCGUCAUUCCACCGUUGACCGAACUUGCUGGUGCUAAGGCUGACAUCCAACUACUUGAUGAUGAAGAUCAGGUCGCACAAAUACAAGAUGAAGAAGGUUGGGAGCUGGUACCUCUAAAAGGCAAAGUCAUUGGAAUCAAGACCAGCAUCCUUGAUGACAAGCACAUGGCUAUCGAGCUUAUUGUCAUCUAUGCACAAGUACUCGAGGACGCAUUUGAGCCCUAUGUCAACGACAUUAUGGACAAGAUUGCCCUUCCUGGUCUUGCAUUCUUCUUCCACGACCCUGUACGAGUCGCAUCUGCCAAGUGUGUACCAAUGUUGCUAAACGCAUACAAAAAGGCUCAUGGUCCAGAGUCUACACAGUUGGGCCAGCUCUGGGAGCGUACUGUGGAGCGUGUCCUUGAAGUCUUGAGCGCCGAACCCGCCAUCGAUACUCUUGCCGAGAUGUACCAAUGCUUCUACGAGUGUCUAGAGUGCAUCGGCCAAAAUUGUCUCACAAAUGCGCACAUGACCUCAUUCGUGGAGUCAGCUAGGGGCGUACUCGAAGACUACAAUGUUCGUGUCAAAGAACGCCUGGAAGAGCAGGCCGACAAUGAAGAUGGCGAGGAAGCGUCGGAGGAGACCCUAUUCGCUAUUGAGGAUGACCAGAAUCUCCUUUCCGACAUGAACAAGGCGUUCCACAGUAUAUUCAAAACCAUGGGCACAGCGUUCCUUUCACAUUGGGCCUCCUUGAUCGAAUUCUAUGGCCUUGCCGUCGUCAACCCAGAUCCCACCCAACGCCAGUGGGCUAUUUGCAUUUACGACGAUGUGCUAGAAUUCUGUGGCCCGGAGUCCUGGCAAUAUAAGGAUCACAUCAUACAACCACUCAUUGACGGCAUGCAGGAUGAUGUCCCCGCCAAUCGUCAAGCUGCCGUGUAUGGUGUUGGUGUAGCAGCUCACAAGGGUGGCGAGAACUGGUCGGAGUUUGUUGCUGCCUCCUUGCCCAUGCUCUUCCAGGUGACCCAACGCCCCAACGCUCGUGCCGACGACGACAUCUUCGCAACGGAGAACGCAUCCGCUGCGAUUGCCAAGAUUCUGCACUACAACUCAAGCAAGGUGCAGAAUUGGGAUAGUGUCGCGGCUGCCUGGGUAGACACUCUGCCUAUCACAAACGAUGAAGAGGCUACGCCGUAUGCGUAUGCGUUCCUUGCCCAAUUGAUUGAACAGCAAAACCAGACUGUCUUCUCCCAACCUGCCAAAGUCUUCAACUACGUUGUCCAGGCACUCGAGGCUGAGACUCUACAGGGUCAAACCGCCAACCGGGUUGUUAUCUCGGUCAAAGCACUUAUCCAAGCCACGAGCACCGAUCUCAGCCAAGCCGCGGCGACUUUGACCCCGGAACAACAGCGUACAGCACAGGUUUAUUUUAGCUAGAGGCUAAGUGGCAGAGUCUUUGGCUGGCUAGACGGCCUUGUGUAGGUAGAGCACCUUGGUCAUGUUGCAUGAAUGGCGUUCCGUCGGAUGUUAUGACACGAUUUGAUGAGAACGGAUACCUCAAGUCAGAGGACUGGUGUCAAGCAGGAGGAUAACGAGAUGGGAAUACUCCUACCACGGCGAGCUGCUUAUUUUGGUUAGGUCAGGUUAGAUAUAUCACAGAUUCCCCCCAUGAUUCCCGUCAUUCCCUGUCACUACCCCAGUACCAUCCAUAGACAUGUUUGGCCGGGCGUAAUGGUAGAACAAAAAAUACCCCGAAGAUCCUCGUGAUCAAUGGGUUGAAGCAAGCUUGACAUUAAUCGUAGCCUACCGGCUCAGAUGUUCUUAUCCU